AUGGCGAUGAACUCAGAAACACUUUCCUUGUCUAUGAAGACAACCACGGCGACACUCUUUUCUCUUCCUACAGAAAUUCUGGAACACAUCGCGUUUUACUACGCCUGUCCACGAGUACUAGGACCUCCAGUUCCACUUACUGCACUGUUGCUGCUCUGCAAGGCUGUAUCAUACAAGCUGAGCGCAGCACGGCACCUGUAUGCGCGUGUAUUCAAGUACAAAUUCUCCUUCAGCGCGAUCCGACGACGGGGAUUUGAGCCGAAAGCUGGAGAAUGGUCUUGGCAGCUGCGAUGGUGGUCCGAAGUGUUGAGAGGUGUACGGAGCAGGCGCAGAAGACUGGGAUCUGAGCCGUAUAUGGACAUUUCUGACGCGGAAGAAGCCGGAGUGCAAGAGACGAUGUAUGCGUUGUGGAUUAUGUGCCUUGAGGAUGAUGGGUGUAACCGGGUCCAGAUGCAGCUCGCCGGUGUCUAUGAGUGGGUUGAAGGGUAUAUCCGGACGGAAAUGUACAAGACUCUUGACAAAGGAUGGCCGCUUGCUAAUGCAGGAAACAGCUGUGCCAUGUGGGUCUUUUGGUAUCUCUCAAGCAAAGCCCGUCUCAUGGAUGAAUCUACUGAGCAACGAGAAUCACUCAUUGACCUUAUCCUUCCAUUCCUUGCCGUUCCUUUUCGGUAUCCUUCCUCCUUUGCUCCAGCUAAUCACUUCCGUCUUCCGCUCCGGUCUUCCGUCCCAUCGUCAUCCUCGACGCCAUUCAGUAUCCCGACUCCUCACGGUCCCUUCCCAAUCUACCUUCAUCCCAACCGACAUACCUGGCUCACACCUCAUUUUGACCGCUGGACUCCUUUAUGCACACCGCUCGCAGCCGAUGCUGCUAAAUUGGUAUACUUUUCCCGUCGUGAGACGAUGCUUUUUAGUGUCCUUGAUCUAUUACCACGAAACAGGGAAGAACAUCGGGCUAGAAUCCGCGCCCGGCUUGCGGCUCAAGGCAAUGGCGAAAUAGAUGAAUUUCAAGUCGAGACCGUGUUACAAAGUGAACUUCCUCGGCCUACACAGGAAGAUUUUGAAGAGCUCAAUGCCGGUCUACUCGGCGGAGAUAUGGUCCCUUCCUCACCUUUUUCUAAAGGUGGAGGGACACCGUUACCUCGUACAUACGACCCUUGGGACGAUGCUCGCAAAAGACUGCCUAAUCUCCUCGACCCCAGAUUAAAUCAUACAGAUAUUUCUGAGUCGAAUUUGGACACAGCAGAACAAAUAUUUGGUGGUGAAAUCGACGAAAGUGCAUGCUCCAGCCGUCGUUGGGACGCUGAUUGGUGGCGGUUACGACUGUGUCGCUCGGCUUGGGUGGGUCAAGGAGAACCCGAAUCCGAAGAUAACCUCAUCGCUUCCGAUGUCGGUAUCAUCACCAAUAACGCUGAUACAAGUAUCGUAGCUGAUGUGAAUGAUGAAGAAGGAGAAGAUUGCGACGACGACGGCGAAAACGACGAGGUGAUGAGUGACUAUGACGGCGACGGACAGCAGCACGUAGAUAUGCCUGUUAAUGGAGGGGCAGAAGAAUCAGCACAAGUCGAACAAGUUGACAACGAUAUGCAACGAAAUCAUACUAUGCUUACUGGAUAUCCUCAAAAAGGUGCCGUCUUCACGCCCGGUUCGCUCAACGGAUUAUGGACAGGACGGAUGAUCAUCCCGGACGAGACACAUCUCCGUGCACUCCUUCUACCCCCUGCACCGACAGCAAAUCAGCAAGAACUCAUACUUCCCCAUAACCAAUUUCCUCUACCCGACAAUGACAACCACGAAGACGAACCUCACCCCGCUGUUGUUGCUGUUCAAAAUCCUCUGAACAACGCCAAUCUUACCCCGAACCCUCGUCAAGAAGCUGGACACCGACCCAUUCCAUUCAAUGAAGGUACUCUCGGGCUAGUCGCUGUACCCUUAUACGUUCGUCUUUCAGAAUAUGCAGUGUAUUCUGGCGGGAGAACAGUUCCAUGUGCUCAUGACACUGAAGAUGAUAACGAUUAUGGGACAGAUUUUGAUUUUGACGGCGACGACGGAAUACACUCUUCCACUCGUUCUCACAAUAGCGGAGACAGCUCAAAUACCACUCGCGCUGGCAGUAGUCACGAUACGGUUCCUAGAUCUACGAGUAUCAACCCCGAUGAUGCUUUUGAUCAGGGUAUAAAAGACAGCUGGUUUCCUCCCAACACAACAUUAUCCACUAAAGGUGAUCGUGUUAUUGCCUCCGUACCUUCUUCUGGUCCAACCAAUGGAGGAGAGUACGAGUAUGUCGCGGUUAGGAAUCGUGAUAUUAGUGCGGAUGAUGAUUUCCGGUUUUCCCCGUCUGUCGCUUCGACAUCUACUUUAACUUCCGCACGCAGCGAAGCAGAAGCUCAGAGCCAACGCAAACCUGGGACGUUUCAUGAUCGAGAAACGUGUACGGGGUGUAUAGCGCGGGAGAGGGCGUUGUUGGUUGCAAGAACUGAGGCGCAGGCACUAAUAGAUAUCGAUCCUGAACAUCCCGCAGAUGCUUCAUCAGAUGGAUCCUCCGACGAAGAUCUGUCUGAAGAAGAACCCGCAGAGGAUCUCCCUCCGUACGUCCCCUCCGCAAAAACUAUCCCUCCUUGCAACGGCAUCCGAGAUGUGCUGAUCACUGGAAGUACGGAUCCGCGACAUGCUGCUGCGUGGGGCAAGUGGGUGUGGAGAGGACGAGUGAGGAAGUGGGAUGGGUUGGUAGGUCUGGUCAGGAGUGUCGAUAGUGGGCCUUCUGGAUCCUCUUCAGGCAACGGCGGCGGCGGGAAGAUUUUCUUCUAUGGCACCCUUCUUGGUGGACGAAAUCUCGUAGGAACGUGGCGGCUAGCGCAUGAAGACCCACGAAUGCCUGCGUAUGAAGGCGCGUUCACCCUAGGGCGAAAGGACGAGUGA